AUGACACCCGAACUUGAAUUCAGUAAUUCUCCGGAUCUGAUUCUAGAGUUCGUCCAAGGUGCUGUCAAAAGAAGAGGGUUCGUCUCCGCAGCAGCCUUGGCGGACGCUAGCUCAAUAUGGCACAGCUCCCUUUAUAUAGCUCGGCUGCCAACCCAGGUUGUUGAUAACAGAAUAUUCCGGGUUCUUGUUUUAGGAGAAGACUGUGAUGCCGAUGCUUUAACAACGGUCUUAUACAUUCUCCACCAUAGAGCCAGGAAGGUCCCACGAUCGAUUUCAUUUCAAAAGUUAGUAAACAUAUCAAUGAUUUGCAAGAAAUACGAUCUCGCCGAAGCCCUUUUGCCGUGGCCUGAAUUCUGGAUAGAGGAUUUGGUUCAAGAAAACCAAAAUACAGGCGAUGAAGGGUGGCUGCUUGUGUCUCAUGUAUUUGAAGAUAUCCCAGAUGCACAAAAGCAAGCGACUGGUAUAGCGUCAAAGCUGGCGAUAGAGUGCGCUGGAUGGACUUUGAAGGAAUCCACACAUUUUGUACGAUAUUCAGAGCGUCAUGAGCAAACAAGCCUAAGUCCGAACGAUAUGUCUGUAGUUCGCACGGAUCUUAUACCAAGUUCAGCUCUAGAGCUAGCUAACGGAAUCGUGUACAAGAUGAAAUUUGGAAUACUCGGAAAUCGAAACUGCUUAAAAUCGUUCCUUUCCUUGAAGAUCUCUACCGCGAUAUGUCACUGCAUGCCGAAAUUUACGAUUGCGAGAAGUCGCGUCUUUGCAGUAAUCGGGUCUGCGUAG